AUGCAGAUGGCGUUGCGGUCAGCGCUUCAUCUCGUCUUCUUCAUCUUAUGCGGUGCUGUUGAGAAGUGGGUCAGAUCAAGAGCUUGUUCCGAGCACAAAGAACGCGCGCCUGAUGCGCCUGGGCCCGCAUUCAUGACGUCCGAUAUCUAUGAAUCGGACGACGCCUGGAAACGCUCGCCGCCGCUGGUGGCCAUUAAACCCAAUUAUGGAGUGGAGGAGAAACGGCCUCCGUUUGUCCCGUCAGGGUCUCCCAAUGCUACCGAGAACGAUGCCGCCAAGGGAACGCCCGGUCGUUCCCGUAAGCACUUGCCGGAAUCCCGGACACAGACGCGUUACGGCGAUUCGGUACUGAUCAGCUUUCUAGAGCCUAGUCGACCGGAUAUUGCCUACUACGAGAGGGAGCACCCGCUUGGCCAGGACUGGCCACCGGCGCCUCGCGAUUUCAUUCCGGUCGACGAGAGAAAAGCAAAACCCGAAUUGGAGACAACGGCCCUCGCAGCCGUGGACCAGCUGCCAGACAACAAGGACUCCUUGCCUGCGGGACCGAAAACACUUCCUCCACCAAACUCCUCGCUCCCGGUGACGCUCCCUCCACCAGCGCCGUCGGUCAAGACGGCGAUCACCUCUCCAGGCCGUCCUCGCUUGCCCUCGAUCUCGGCCGCCAUCUCAGCUCCAAGCACAAGACGCCAGUCUGAAGACCUACUCGCAUUAUCUCCGCCAUAUACCGAUUCUUCCGUCAGACACUCUCCGGAAGACAGGGUCUCUCUCCCAGCCCUCCAAUCGCUUCAUUCUCCACCGCAAUCAAACCCCGCAACUUCUCCGGAUGGCAACAAUCAAGUGCUUCCAUCCAUACAUACCCUAGGCGUAAAUCCACCCGAUUUUCCACCAAGGGUCAAUGGGAUACCUCCAUAUCCGUAUCCGGGCCCAGGCUCGGCCGGCCCACGAAACGACCCAGCGCAAGAACGUUUCCCCCCGCCACAUCAUAUUCCACCCAGUCCCUAUUCACAUUUCUCACCCACGAGUACAAAGGAUAUAUCGAACAAUCCUUCUCCGGCUUCAAUGCCUACGUUGUGGCGGACGUACCCAUCCCAGACGGAGCUCCACCCCAGUGGGGCCUCUCCGUACGAUCCGUCGCCCGUAACGGCAAAAAGCCCGGCUGCUGGUUAUCCCACGCCCACAGAGCAGCUUGGUGCCGGGCCAGGAGACCGUCCAUCUUUCGACUCCACACUAUCUCCCAACGGGAACGCGCCCCCAGGUAACUACAAGUGCCACCAUCCGGGAUGCACUGCCCCACCGUUCCAGACCCAAUACCUAUUAAACUCCCACGCCAACGUGCACUCACAGGAUCGGCCGCAUUUCUGUCCGGUAGAGAACUGUCCACGAGCGAUAGGCGGCAAAGGAUUCAAACGUAAGAACGAGAUGAUGCGGCACGGUCUUGUACACAACUCGCCGGGCUAUGUCUGUCCAUUCUGUCUCGACCAGCAGCACAAGUAUCCGCGGCCGGAUAAUCUCCAACGGUAUGUUCUUCAGUUUCUUCGAGUCAUCCACUUCAUGCUCAUAUUGUAUCAAGACAUGUUCGAGUGCAUCACGUCGACAAGAGCAAAGACGACCCCAUAUUGCGGGAUGUACUCUCGCAGCGGCCCCCAGGCAGUACACGAGGCCGACGGCGACGGUUGA